AUGUGGCAGAACCUCUGCGAGAACUGCCUGAAGCAACAUUUCGGCGAGCCUUGCCAGUCCGGAAAUUGCCGAAAAUGCAAUCUUCCUCAUCACACUCACCUUCACGAGGCCCUCCAAUCAAAGGUCGACUCAACUCCCGUUCACGUCACAGCGGCAACAAUCAGUCCUUCUGGUUCGUAUUCGAUGUCGCAAACGCCAAUCGCAUCCGUUGGUCCAGCAACUGACUUCAUGGACACUAACGUUCUUCUUCUGACUGCAACUAUACAUGUCUUCGACAAGUUUGGGCGUCCACAUGCUUGUAGAGCUGUGCUUGAUGGUGCUUCCCACACCAGCCACAUUACUCAGGAUCUAUGCCAGAAAUUGGGUCUUCCUACAACUGAAGUAGACUUCGAGUUCGGUGGUAUUGCUGAUACAUCCGGGCACGCGAGCAAAGGAGCACUGGUUACACCGAUCAACACUAAGGAUUGGCCAAUUCCUGGAUCGAUUCCGUUGGCUGAUCCCCAGUUUCACCAUCCAGGAAAAAUAUGUAUGCUUCUCGGCAAUAAGCUUUUUUUCCAGUUGCUCGAACCGGGAACAAUCAAACUUGGAUCAGACGACGGACUUCCGGUUCUCCAAAAUACCAAGCUAGGAUGGGUAGUUUCUGGUGGCUACAAAGAUGGUGGCAUUCAAUCAGACGCCUAUGCUCCGUCGUGUUUAUUAACAGCGUCCAAAAAUACACUCUCCGAUCAACUCCGCAAAUUCUGGGAGUUGGAGGAGUACACGAAUCUUUCUCCGCACCUAAACGACGAGGAGAUCCUUUGCGAAGAGCAUUUCGCUAAACAUACAUUCCGUGAAGGUAACGGAAAAUUCGUUGUUCGACUUCCAUACUCGGAAAGCCCCACUUCUCUCGGUAAAUCGAGAGACAUUGCUGAAAAAAGAUUACUCCACCUCGAGCGCAAAUUGGAAAGAAAUGCUGAUUUAAAACAACAAUACUUUUCGUUCAUGCGAGAAUACAUCGAUCUCGGGCAUAUGAGUCCCGCCACUAUCUCUGGUUCGGAAAACUGUGUUUUUCUUCCACGUCAUUGCGUUGUGAAGGAGGAUAGUACGACGACGAAGUGCCGAGUCGUCUACGACGCCUCAGCCAAAACGAGCAGUGGCAAGUCUCUUAACGAUCCUUCAUCCGAUCCUUCUCCGGUUCCGGUUCCCAACGGUAGUACUCGCGGGUGA